AUGAGUGCUGACGAGGAGAAAUCCGCCGAUUUCUACGUGCGAUACUACGUUGGACAUAAGGGAAAGUUCGGUCACGAGUUCCUUGAGUUCGAAUUCCGCCCAAAUGGUGCUCUUCGCUACGCGAAUAACUCGAACUACAAAAACGAUACAAUGAUCCGCAAGGAGGCUACCGUCUCAGAGUCUGUGCUCAAUGAGUUGAAGCGUAUCAUCGAAGACUCGGAGAUCAUGCAGGAAGACGACGAAAACUGGCCUGAGCCUGACAAGAUUGGACGGCAAGAGCUCGAAAUUCUCUACAAAAAUGAGCACAUUUCGUUCACAACUGGAAAAAUCGGCGCGUUGGCCGAUGUCAACAACUCAAAGGACCCAGACGGUCUCCGCUCAUUCUACUAUCUGGUUCAGGAUCUCAAGUGCCUCGUCUUCUCUCUUAUCGGACUUCACUUCAAGAUUAAGCCAAUCUAA